AUGAGCAUCAACACCAUCGCUUCGCCUCGAGCCCUUUCCGAGGGAGAUGUUUUGCGUGAGGUGGACCGCCUGGGCGUCAUCAAGAACCACUUUGUGCUCGUGAGCGGUGAUGUUGUUUCCAACUUUCAGCUGGCACAGGUUCUCGAACAACACAAGGCUCGCUACACGAAGAACCGGGACACCUUGAUGACCAUGUUCUUGCAACGCGCCAUGCCCAACCACCGGCUCCGCACGGGCGAGAACGAUCUCACCAUUGGCAUUGAUCCCACCACAGCCCAACUGCUCACUUACUCCAACUCGGAACCUGUAAACGAGCUUGCACUGUCCCUCUUCUCAGAACGCGAGUCGGUGGCCUACCGCUAUGACUUGAUCGACUGCCACACCGCCAUCUGCUCGCCCCAGGUGCCCAUGCUGUUCACUGACAACUUUGACUACCAAGAAAUGUUUGACUUUAUUCGCAACGUGCUGCAAGGUGACGAGAUCACGGCUGCGGAAAUCUAUACGCACGUUCUGGAUGGCGCCUACGCUGCAAGGGCAUCCAACCUCACGGCCUACGAUGCCAUCAGUAAGGAUGUGAUCCAUCGCUGGACCUUGCCUUUGGUGCCUGACAUCUUUGGCCCGAUUCUGCACCGCUACAAGACCACACACAAUUACAUUCAAGACAACGUUGUUCUGGCAAGAACAUGUGUCCUCCAACGCGCUGUUGCUGUGGGCCACGACACUCGGGUCGGCAUUGACGGUCAGGCUGUCACGACCAUCCGUGACAGUGUGAUCGGCAGCAGCUGUCGUAUCGGCUCUGGCUCCUCGCUGGACAACGCCUAUGUCCUGAACGACUGUAUCAUUGGCAACAACUGCCGCUUGAAGAAGGUGUUUCUCGGCGAGGGCGUGCAGCUGCUGGACAACGUAGAAAUUGGCGAGGGUUGUGUCAUUGGCGAUCGAGUGGUGCUGGGCCCCAACAUUACCCUCAAGCCCAACACCAAGAUCUCGCGUGCGCAAGUUGUUGAGGAAGAGUGGGGCGCAGACUCGGACGAAGAAAGUGACGAGGAUGAGGCCAUGGGCACUGGCGCCGAGACGCCUGAGGGUGUCUAUGACGUUGAGCUUGUCGGCGAACAGGGUCGUGGCUACUUGUGGCAGGACGACAUUGACGAGGAUGAGGAAGACGAUGCUUCAUUCCGUCAAUGGCAAGAUAACCGUGCGCGCCUCAUCCUGGAAGAUAACGAGCACGCGGAAAACUCUGAAGACGACGAGGAUGCUUCGGAGCUGGAUGCCGAAGAGUUUGAACAGGUCAUGCUCAAUCAAGAUGACUUUCAACAGUUUUUGGACAACAUGAUUGCGCUGCUGACGGAGAAGCUGGGCGUGCAAUCCAAUGGCACCAUCAAGCCACAGGGCGAGACACAGGACAUUGCGCUUGAAAUCACUGGCAUGCGCAGCGCUCAUCACCUCUCGCCACACGACGUCGUUACUGGCAUGACCAUGGCCAUCAUUGAGCAGGUUGGCCUGCUCAAGAACACGGGUGCCAUGGCCACAUUUUUCAAGGGGGCGAUCGAGUUUUUGGCCCCCAUUUUGGGCAACUUUGUCACAUCCCAAACGGACCAUGAUAUCAUGCUGCGUGCUCUUGAGGAUGGCUUCAACCAGUGCCAGCGCGCCAUUCCCGCCUUUCAGAUUCUCCUGCAUUCACUCUACGAGGAGAACGUCUUGGCUGAGGAAGAAAUUCUUAGGUGGCACGCGCGUCCCACGGACCCUGAGAUUGACGUUGAAAUCCGACCUCAGCUGCUCAAAAACGUGGCCGAGUUUAUUGUCUGGUUGGAGACGGCCGAGUCAGAAGAGGACUCGGACGAGUCGGACUCGGACUCGGACUAG